GUCAGUGCGCCGCCGGGUGACGUAUGGACGGCGGCGGGACGGGGGUGGGGAGGAGGCUUCUGCGGUGGCGGGGCCGGAGAUGGUCUAUUUCUUGCUGUGCAGCUGGAUGUUGCUGAAUAACGUGUCUAUGAGCUUGCUGUUCAAUCUGUCUGUUGUUCAGAAUGGCGAAGAACCCUAAUUUCCCAGAAGUGGGGAAUCUGCCUACAGGCUAUGCUCACUGUAGGUCUUCAGACAGCUUCAGUGGCUACCAGUAUCACCAUCCCUCCAAGAUGAGUAACAGCCACCCUCUUCGUCCGUACACGGCUGUGGGGGAGAUCGACCAUGUUCACAUUCUGUCAGAGCAUAUUGGUGCUCUAAUGAACGGGGAAGAAUACAGUGACGUUACCUUUAUUGUGGAAAAGAAGCGUUUUCCGGCACACAGAGUGAUCCUGGCUGCUAGAUGUCAUUAUUUCAGAGCAUUAUUGUAUGGAGGAAUGAGAGAAUCUCAGCCUGAAGCAGAAAUUCCUCUUCAGGACACCACUGCAGAAGCAUUUACCAUGCUGUUGAAAUAUAUUUACACUGGUCGUGCUACAUUACGAGAUGAGAAAGAAGAGGUUCUUCUUGACUUCCUAAGCCUAGCACAUAAAUACGGAUUUCCAGAACUAGAGGAUUCCACGUCUGAGUAUCUUUGCACAAUACUUAAUGUUCAGAAUGUCUGUAUGACUUUUGAUGUUGCCAGUCUUUAUUCUCUUCCCAAAUUAACUUUUAUGUGCUGUAUGUUCAUGGAUAGAAACGCCCAAGAGGUGCUCUCCAGCGAAGGCUUCCUGUCACUUUCUAAGGCUGCUCUUCUAAGUAUAGUACUGAGAGACUCAUUUGCAGCUCCUGAAAAGGACAUUUUCCAAGCUUUGAUGAACUGGUGUAAACAUAACCCCAAGGAAAACCAUGCUGAAAUCAUGCAAGCAGUACGUUUGCCACUAAUGAGUUUAACAGAACUUCUGAAUGUUGUAAGACCUUCUGGGUUGUUGUCACCUGACGCCAUCCUAGAUGCCAUUAAGAUUCGUUCUGAGAGUCGGGACAUGGACCUCAACUACAGGGGCAUGUUAAUACCGGGGGAGAACAUUGCAACAAUGAAGUAUGGAGCACAAGUUGUUAAAGGGGAGCUGAAGUCUGCUCUAUUGGAUGGAGAUACUCAGAACUACGACCUGGAUCAUGGAUUCUCUCGACACCCAAUCAAUGAUGACUGCCGGUCUGGAAUUGAGAUUAAACUAGGUCAGCCCUCAAUAAUCAACCACAUACGAAUUCUCCUGUGGGACAGAGACAGUCGGUCUUAUUCCUACUACAUUGAGGUGUCCAUGGAUGAAUUGGACUGGAUUCGGGUUAUCGAUCACUCUAAAUACCUCUGUCGGUCCUGGCAGAACCUGUAUUUUCCUGCCCGUGUCUGCAGGUAUAUUCGAAUUGUUGGGACCCACAAUACAGUGAACAAAGUUUUCCAUAUUGUGGCAUUUGAAUGCAUGUUCACAAACAAAUCCUUUACUCUUGAGAAGGGUCUGAUAGUUCCCACUGAAAAUGUUGCAACAAUUGCAGACUGUGCCAGUGUGAUUGAGGGUGUAAGUCGCAGUCGCAAUGCCUUAUUGAAUGGAGACACAAAAAACUAUGAUUGGGAUUCUGGAUACACAUGCCACCAGCUUGGGAGUGGAGCUAUUGUAGUGCAGCUGGCACAGCCCUACAUGAUUGGAUCAAUACGGUUGCUACUUUGGGACUGUGAUGAUCGGAGCUAUAGCUACUACAUUGAGGUUUCAACAAAUCAGCAACAGUGGACCAUGGUGGUGGAUCGCACAAAAAUUUCCUGCAAAUCUUGGCAAACAAUCACUUUCGAUAAACAACCUGCAUCUUUCAUCAGAAUAGUUGGAACUCGCAACACAGCUAAUGAGGUGUUUCACUGUGUACAUUUUGAGUGCCCAGCACAAAACAGUACCCACAAGGACGAGAGUAGUAAGGAAGUAGCAGCAACAGAGGUGGAGACUGGUGGACAGUAGCUUGUUUCUUUUCCUGUUGGAGGUGCAAGCACCUGGUUCCCUGCAUUCCCCUCCUGGAUCCACCUCACAUCCUGAUGUUCAUCAACGAUAAAGUAGGUUGAAAGGGAGCUUUUGCAGCCCCACUGACAUUCUGCAAAAUUAUUCAGAACCUUCUUGUGCUGGCACCUUUUCUUUCUUUGUGAAUGAAGGGGACCAUGUCUGAAAGUUUUAAGUACUGAAAUGCAAAAGGCUUAUUCCCAAGGACAUGAAGAGACUGUUUCACUCUUCCUUGAUAUGUUCAAAUCAGGAUGGUCUCCAAGGGGGGAGAAAAUAGGUCUUCAAUCUUCAUCAAGUACCCCACUAACACCCUACCUCUAAUCUAACCAAGGCAAGGGAAAAAGGAAGGAAAUAAAAGGCAGAGCUACAAAUCUAAAAUUAUUCAAGCAGAAUGGAAAACAUACAAAAUAAGUAUUUGUUCCCUGGGGGCUUUUAUUAGCAAAAAAAAAAAGUUUAUGGAACACAACAGUCCAAAAUAUAUUUUAUUUUUUAGGUGAUUCUCCAUUCAUAUUACCUUGUAACUAGUAAUCUGUUUUCUAAAUCAUUUUGAUUCUGUAUUCCACUUAAUUUCUUAUUUUUGGCUAUAGAAAAUGUUGUACAGUAGAUUAAGGAAGUAUCAGACAUGUUUACCUGCUGAGAUGCAAAUUCUCUCAUUCAUCAAUGGGAUGACAAGAAAAGUGUUCAUGAUAUCAACAAACUAAUUAAUGUAUCUGUAUUAAUAUUGACCUUAGUUGACUUUUCAGAGUAUAAAAUUGUAAUUUCCUACAUUCAAAAGGAAGUUUCUAAAUCAAACACCUGUCUUGCAGAAAAUUGUAUUUUUUCACUCUUGGAGAUGAUUAUUUAAAUUUUGUCUGCCUAAGACAACUUGCAACAGAACAUCAAAAAUGUUCAGUUUAGAAAAGUGAAACUCCAUCUGGUCACUGACAAACAGUAGUUCAAAUUCCAAAAGAAGAAUUCACAGAUAAUUUACAUUUUUCCAAUAAGAGUUGUUUUACAAUCCGGAGCUAAAAAUUCAAAGACUGUCUAUGCAUUAUCAUUUCUCAUGAUCUUCAUAAAAUGUGAUGCUUCUUCACCACAUUGUAAAAGAUCUGGUUCUUAAUUUACAGUCACAUAAUUUGUUAUCCAUCUGUAAUGUCUGGAUUACACUGCCUGCUACUUCACUUAUUCUAUUUUCACACUGAUGAUGAUGUAGUCUUUUACUCUCCAGAUCUACAUGACUUUUAGGAAGAACUCCAUGUCAGUCUUUCAGUAUGGAAUAAAGAGAUAUUGUAUUAAGACAAAUGCUGAUGUAAUUGGCAAAAUUGAUUAGGAUGCUUCUUACUCCUCACAAAGUAUAUUAUAUUGGAAAUGUCAGCAAACCAGUUUUAUGAACUUGGAAUUUCCUGUGGUGAUAAAUAACCUUGUCAGAAGAAAACAAAGCUAGUGCAGGAUAAGUACGGUUUUCCUUUACAUAACCACAAUGACAAAAUGAGUUAUAUCAACAUAGCAAAUUGUAUGUUAAUUUAUCACACUACUUAAUUUGAAAUAAUUUUCCUGUUGGAUACUGGUUGUGCUAAACCCAAGAAGAAAUAUAAUCAGUGGUAGCAAUGAAUCAGAGGAUAUUUAAAAUAAGAGAAGCAUCCCUUUUCUUUAAAAUGAAAUUGAUUAGGCUUUAUCGAUAAUAUUAUAGUUUUUUUCAUUGCCAAAUUAGUUUUGUUCUGACAUUUGCAUACAGUUCCCUCCCUUCCCACUGCCAUAUUCUGACUUGUGAAUGUCUGUUGGUGAAGAUGGUUGCCCACUGUUCUGUAUAAAGGUUGUAAUUCAUGUGCCACAGCUGCCUUAGACAGUGCAGAGUUCUAAGGCACGAUUCUGCUUGUGCCAGCCACUUCCCCCUAGUCUGCUGGGCUGAUUACCUUAUGGCUUAACAGCCUUUGGAACAUGGAAGAAUUAAGACCAUCUAUUGAGGACACCACUGUAAUGGUUAUGUAUAAGUCAAAAAAGCUGUAUUUUUUUUCCCUUUAAAAGCAGGAAAACUUCUUCAGUUGCAAUCCAUGCUGGAACUGCUGAGAUGCCUAGAGCAUAUCUUGCUUUUGGUAGAUAAGUCCUUGCAUGGCAGUGGUGGUAUUUCUUUGCAGUUCCAUCAAACAAGUCUGCUUUUCUCAAACUGUGGGUAAGCAAAGGGCAUAACUUCCUAGCUGUUACUAUUUAGUAGCCACCCUUGUAGAGAAUGUAAAAAAAACUAAAAUAAAAAAGGUUGUGCCAUCUGUUCUGAGCCUAGGCUCUCAGAGAAAGAAUGGAAUUUUUCCAUCUCUAAUCUUUGAUGUGCACCAUUAAUUUUUAUGAUACAAGUAAGUCCUGUAGACUAUAACCUAUCAAACAUCUCUUUGAUCUUGUCUCAUAACUCACUGUGGAACAGAAAUGUCUCUUUAUUUCCCAUGAUAUUCACUCUCUCCCAAAAAUCUGGAUGAACAUAUCUGAGAUUCCCAAAGCAAAAACUCUUGAGGUUCUACAGAGCCUUCAGUUUCCCACCCCCAUAAAACAAUAUAAAGAAAAACCAACUUUGCAUUGUCCCUUCAUGCAAUUUUUUGUAUUGAACUUCUCAGUCACAAUGGCCUUCUCAGAGUCUUUAUUUUAUUUAGAGUUGCUCUGAGAACCUGUCAUCAAGGUCAGUCCAGUGAGCUUCCAGGCUUUUAAGGCAAGGCCUGCCACAAGCCCUUUUCACUUUCAACCUUUACCCUCUUUAUUUAAAGAUACAAUGUUUACAGAGAGCUGAACUCCACUGGGCCUUCCAAUAUUGCCCACCAACAAACACCCCUAAUACCUGUAUUGCCUAGAAGAGGUCUCUUGUCUUAAACAUUGUGUCAGCAAUGUAUUAGUGACAAAGGAGGAUACAACGCAGAACUGAUUUGUGGUUUUGUGUGCAUAUUCUCAUUCUUUCUAAUUAUUGUCAGUAUUUAUUGACUCCCAAGUUUAGAUGAAACUUCCUCUGAAGUUUUGUGGAGUUUUUCUUCCCUUUUCUUUUUUAUCUUGGCUUUUUCUUUCAGUGAAAGUAAGUUGUACUGUUAUGGUGUAGAAUCAAGGUUUAUCAAAGUGAUGAAAUGCUGUAAUUAUUCAGAACUGUGUAAUCAGUCUUAUCCUAUUUAGAAAAAGGUUAUUGCAGAACUGACCAGGUACUCGUUGCUUUCUUAUCAGAAACUAAAAAAUAGAUCUGUUGUUUGAGUUUUGAAUAAUGGAAAUAUCUGUACUGACAAUAUUGAGCCAUUGAUUCUAUUUGGUACUUCAGUAUCUUUAAAUUCCCCAGGUCUCCUUUUCUCAAUUUUACUUCCAUAGGUUGAAUUCAGGCUGAGACUUAACUCAUAUGGAGCUCAACAAAAUUAUUUCUAAAAUAUUUUUAUUUAUUUACUUUUUCCAAAUGAAAAUAAAAGGGAUUUUUAUUCACAGAAGGUAUUAUCUGAGGAAAUACAUUUUUGAAGUGAGCAAACAUUGUGCAGCUUACAAUUUUUCAAGAUACUUUUCAAGCCAUUUCCAAUCAGCUUUAAAACGAGUUUAAAUGGCUGUUAAAUGGAAUCACAAUGAGAGAAGGUGUAAUGCAAGUCUUAUGUAAUAAAAGACAAUACAGAGGAGAAAUCACUAAUUUUGUUAGAAUAAGAACUCUUCAUUGCAGUUUCCUUCCUUCAGAGCUCCAUUUAUUUCUUCUUUUCUCCAUGAAAAUCAGUUUUUCUUAUUCAUUAUGACUAUUUAUGUAAGAGCUCAGUGCUUUUCAGCAUUGCUGAAAAAUUCAGUUUAAUGUAUCUUCAUCUUUACUAAUGACAUCAGAGAAUUUUCAGUACCUGACUUGAUGAGAGUUGGUUUCCAUGAAAGAAAGCAAAAGAAGUCUGUAAUUGUUUCAGUCUAAUUAAAUUUUCAGUACAAAAAUUAGAUGACAAAAUUAAUGCCUUUCUUGUCUGAUUGUUGUGUCAUCAUAGUUCUGGUUAUAAAGUGAUGCCUACUCAGAGAUGCUUAAUAAAGUAUUAGAACUUUGAUUUCAUAAGCUAUAGAUUGCAUAUCUCUAU